CUUCCGCCGCCGCCGGAAAGUAGUGACGAGCUGUUGAGGCGUCGUCGCGUUUCUACGUCCGGUGAUGGCGGCCGUGUGUCGGAGCCCAUGAGGCGGGGAAGUGGAGUAACGAGUCGCGGUGCGGGGAGACAGAGAACGUCCGAGGCCAUGGCGGGCGUGUUUGACAUUGACUUGGAUCAGCCCGAAGACUCCGUUUCGGACGAUGAGCUGGAGGACGGGAGCUCUGUAAAUGAGUUUAUGGACCAUGGGGGCAUAUCAUAUGACAUUGGCAUGGAGCACUGUGAAAAGUUUGAGAUAUCGGAGACCAGUGUGAAUAAAGGCCCAGAAAAGAUUAGACCUGAGUGUUUUGAGCUUCUUCGUGUCCUUGGUAAAGGAGGCUAUGGGAAGGUUUUUCAAGUACGGAAAGUAUUAGGAGUUCAUCCUGGGAAAAUAUUUGCAAUGAAAGUACUAAAAAAGGCCAUGAUUGUGAGAAACGCGAAAGACACAGCACACACAAAAGCAGAGCGUAAUAUCCUAGAAGAAGUGAAACAUCCUUUUAUUGUAGACUUGAUUUAUGCCUUUCAAACUGGUGGAAAACUCUACCUCAUUCUGGAGUACCUUAGUGGCGGCGAACUCUUCAUGCAGCUGGAAAGAGAAGGAAUAUUUAUGGAAGAUACAGCUUGCUUUUACUUGGCUGAAAUUUCAAUGGCUUUGGGGCACUUGCAUCAGAAAGGAAUUAUUUACCGUGAUCUGAAACCGGAGAACAUUAUGCUGAAUCAUCAAGGGCAUGUAAAACUGACAGAUUUUGGUCUUUGUAAAGAAUCCAUUCACGAUGGCACAGUAACACAUACUUUUUGUGGAACAAUAGAAUACAUGGCCCCUGAAAUUCUAAUGAGAAGUGGCCAUAACCGUGCAGUAGAUUGGUGGAGUUUGGGGGCGUUGAUGUAUGACAUGCUAACCGGAGCACCACCAUUUACUGGUGAAAACCGAAAAAAAACUAUAGAUAAGAUUCUUAAAUGUAAACUAAACCUGCCCCCCUACCUCACACAAGAAGCCAGGGACUUACUUAAAAAGCUGCUAAAAAGAAAUGCUGCCUCUCGUCUUGGAGCAGGUGUUGGGGAUGCGGGGGACGUUCAGGCUCAUCCAUUUUUCAGGCAUAUUAACUGGGAAGAUCUUUUGUCUCGAAAGGUGGAGCCUCCCUUCAAACCACUUUUGCAAUCUGAAGAGGAUGUGAGCCAGUUUGAUUCAAAGUUUACACGUCAGACGCCUGUAGACAGUCCAGAUGAUGCCACUCUCAGUGAAAGUGCCAAUCAGGUGUUUGUUGGUUUCACAUAUGUGGCCCCCUCCGUACUUGAAAGCGUAAAAGAGAAGUUUUCAUUUGAACCAAAAAUCCGAUCUCCUCGCAGAUUUAUCGGAAGCCCUCGCACACCUGUGAGCCCUGUAAAGUUUUCUCAGAGUGACUUCUGGGGACGAGGGACAGCUGCUGAAACCGUAAACGCCCAAACACCAGCCGAUUUCAGAAUGGAAACAAGUAGUGUGGAACAAAUGGAUGUGACUGUAAGCGGAGAAGCAUCUGCACCACUACCAAUCAGACAAUCCAAUUCUGGGCCAUACAAAAAGCAAACCUAUCCCUUUAUCCCCAAACGGCCAGAACAUCUACGCAUGAAUCUAUGACAGUGCAGUAUUACCUGGUAUAUUUUGACUUGUACAGGUCGUUCAACCAAGGAACGUAAGACCCAGCUUAAAACAAAGCAGAAGUAUACAUUUUGGAAACUUCUUCAUAUCGCUCUGGAGGGGAAAAUGAAAUUUGUGGCCUUGGUCACUGCACAGGCCAGUUUGGAAAGACUAAGGAAUGAACAUUAAGUUUUUUUAAAAUAUAUAUAUCUAUAUAUAUAUAUAUAUAUAUAUAUAUAUAUCUCAAUCAGUGGUGCAAAAAAGCAGAUCAUGAAACUGCAUUCAUUAGUAAGUUCCCAGCAUAUUCUUUCCGUGUCAGAGGUAAAAGAUAACCAUAUAUGCUUCAAGGAUUUCAUUGAAGUCACAGAUUUACAGAUUUUAGGGUUUUUUGUUUAAUAUAACCAACAUUAACUGAAUCCAGUGAAUGGAGGAUAAGGAUUUCCCUUUUGCAAUGACAACUGUUAAAUGUUACAAGUAAGGUGAAAAUGAAUUUCUUAAUAGUUUGCAUCAGAUGAUGUAAUGUGUAAUAGAGUUUCUGGAUACAAAACUCUGUUCAUGAAUAUUGAUUGCAAACGUCCCUUCCCAUGCUAGAAAGGGCUAGUGUAUCCCAGAAACCAAUUGGCAGUCUUCCACUGUGUUUUGGGGACUAUAUGCACUUGGUAACUUCUGUAUCAGUGUGAUUAUCUGCAUUUGUGCUACUUUUGCUGUUGAAAAGUUUCAGCAGAAAAUGAGAUGAGUGUUAAAGGCCUCGGUCAGAAACAAAUCCAAGUGACAGUUGUACUUUGAUACUGGAGUGUUAUAGGCUACCAGUAAUGUAUUUCUUAUCUAUUUUAUCUGCCCUCUCCAGAUUCUAACCCUCCAACAAUAACUUUGAUCGGGUUGUCCACCAUAGAAGAACUUUAAAUGCUGGGACUUUGAUUGUAAAAGUAUUACAUGGCCUUUCUUCUCGUGUCUUCCAUAGAGAGGGAAUAAUGUCCCUGGACCUAGGGAAUGUUAACGCAAUGCUGAUUUUGUCUUGGAUUCUGUAUGAUUGGCUUAUAGGUACAAAGAAAUAAAUAAAGGUAACUUUACCUUAACUGCCUUAACAAA